CCGAUCUCCUUAACUUGACAGUUGCACCAUAACGAAGUGGCAGCGUAUUCGUAAUUUGUCCCAAGCGCAAAUGUCGCAAGAAGACAUUUCAAUCACUGGUGAACCGUGAAAAGGGUCUUAUGGCGGGUUUACAUUAGGGAGAUCUAUAGCUAUAGAUGGAUUUAUUCACGUGAAAAUAGGUGUAAACGGGUGAGAAUAAAUAUGAUACACUUAUUCGAGGUAUAUAUAACUUGAAUAAAUUCAGCAUAUGUAAACGCUUGUGAAUUUCUCACUGGUGAGAAAUCACUAAAGUUGGAUGCAGUUCUACUUCAGGUGAAUAAAUUCACCGAAGAUAUGAAUAUAUUCAUUAUAGAAGUUCACGCUAGUGUAAACGGUUGAUGCGAUUUCUAUAAAUCUCAUCAUAUUUCUUCACAUGAAUAUAUCCCUAGUCUAAACCCACCCUUAGGUUACAAAUAGUGACGACGUUUUAGGGUAAGGUGACAUUGCCUAGGAGUACGCACGAAAAUAUGAUUGUACGAAUAGAAACAAACAAUUUUGUUCUAUAGAAGCAGACGAAUUCGAACGAAGCAAGGAGAAAGCAAUGUAACCACACCAAUACAACUCAAUGUGGUUGUUUACUUUCACUAUUGCAUACAAUUCGUACGACCACUUUUCUGCAUCCAGUGUCACCGCCGCCUUAUUUACAAAUGCGAAUAAACUUCGCCUAAUUCCCCACCUUAUAGUGUGGGCUUUGGAAUGUUGAUGACAAGACGGGUCUAUGGUACUAGGUGAGGCCGUUUCGUCACUAAGUUGGUUAGGGGAGCGGUAUAUGAAAACAGUACGGAAGAAAGCAGAAGGGGAAUUUUUUUCCUUGAAGUGUGAAAGAGACAGACUGAUCACGAGCGAGCUUGGGCACAAGCGUAUUGUGUUUCGUUUACAAACAAAACACAGUAGACUUCCAAUAUGGCUGAAGAGUGGUUUUAGCAAGUUGGCCCACCUUAGGAUAUACUUCUACGCGCCUUGGUUGAAGGAUGCCGGAUUGAAGUUUAUUUACAAUCAUUCUAUUAUGUUCAGCCCAUGAUACACUAUUUGUUCGUCGUAGCUAAAUUUGAUGUUUUCAAUACCUUGCCUAUAAGUGAUAGAGUGCAGUAAUAUUUUCUAGCUUUAACGGGUGGUCAAUUUUUUUGCGUAUUUGUUUAGAUCAAACAGGAAAUCUGGUUUACUCAAAAAUGUUAUCAGCUGUAGAAUAGACACAGUUCACGGUAAUUACUGGACAGUUCAAGUCAACGCAUCAUACCAACACGUUUCGCUCUCAGCAGUGAACUUAAGCGCGUAUAAAUUUAAAACCGUUUACCAUAAAAAUGGAUAUUUCGUGCAUGCCCAACGAGGUGCUUUGUCGCAUAUUCGAUUUACUACCGUGGAGCAAUCGGAAGCGAAUCUCGCUGGUAUGCAGUCGAUGGAACGAAAUUGUCAAUUCUGACAGAUACUUACGCCAGACAAAGUUGGUGCUAUAUAACUAUUCCAAAGUUCAAUUUUUCUCAGGCGUUGAAGAGGAGCUACUAAAUAAACAAAAGGUUAUCGAAUUUCACUCUAGCGCGAUGCUCGAUACCAAGGAGCUACUAUUGACAGUGGCACAAAGUUUUCCAAGUGGUGAAGCAGCAGUGGAAUGUAUAGAUCUGUUUCUGAGAUCGGACCAUGAACAACUAUUCAAUCUCGUUAUAUCCAACUUGCCGAAACUGACGUGGUUGAAAAGUCUGAGAAUACUAGCAAAUGAGGCGUUGAAAGCCUACAAAGAUGGGUUACCAAUUCACAGUGCCAUACUAGAGAAGUUGAAGCUAACGUUCUAUCAAAACACACCAUGCAUUCUAAUUACACCAAGGCUUAGAUCCCUGGAUAUGGUCAUAAGACAUGCGAACGAUAUGAAUGUACUGAGAGGAGUUAGUGGUCAACUAAGAGAGCUCACCGUCAAUUUUCAAUCAAAAGAUCUUCUUGUUGAAUUGUUUCUUUGUAGCUUUGAGAACCUGGAAAAACUACAUCUUUCUAUAGAAAAUGAUAAAUAUCUGCCGUAUAUUGUAUCGCCAUCUGCUGCAAUUACUUGGGACGAUAUACAAAUCUGUACGGGUUCAAUUGGAAAUCUAAGAUGCUUGGAAGUUGUUGACAAAUGCAACAUGUUGAGGCACAAUUACCUAAAAGUGUUCGUUUAUGCUAAAGAAUUAACACAUCUAACGGUGAAUUACAUUCAUCUAGAUUCUAUGGUGGUUGAUUUUAUAACCACAUUCAGAAAUCUGCAAUAUCUCAAUUUGCGCGGAUGUUCAACGACAGGGGAACCGUUGAUUUUGGACCUUCCAAAUCUCCGAGAACUACUCAUGCCAUACAAGCACUACUCAAUGUUACCAUGCACUAAUCUCAACCAUCUGAGAACAUUGUCUUAUAGCAGUUCACAGAAAAAUCACGCUCAUUUUGUGCAGAAAAUUACGAAAACGUUUACAAAUCUCGAGACUCUAAAUUUGUUGAACUUCGAUUAUGAAUUGUCAUCCGACUCGUUCAAACAUUUGGAUGAAUUGAAAUUCCUGAAAACGUUAACAAUCCGGGAUAUGUCUGUCUCCAAUCAAAUAUUCGCCAGAUGCCCGCUGCUGUCAACUCUACGGAAACUGGAGCUAAAAACUGUCGUUACGGAAAUCUCUCUUCUGACAUAUCUUCCGCUGAAGAUGCCCCAUCUGUAUAAACUCAACAUAGAGAACUGCUUCUUUUACAUCAUCAGCAAUGACCACUCUUCAGAGCAUCUUUCUUUCGGAAAACUGCGGGAGAGGAUGCCACGCUGCAGGGUUUCUACUGUCGACUCCACGGUUUUUACUAAUGAACAUUACGACCAGAAUCCAAUUUACAUUCCCGGUUGAAAAUUGAGCUGUGCUCACGAAGAUUAUUGCAGGAUUUUUCAGGAUACGUUUUUCCAAAGAUAAUUUUCGUGAAUAUUCAAGUCGUUUUUUCGGUUUAAAAUUGAAUGGGAUAGACGUUCCAAUAGGUUCAUAAAAAUUGUGGAUUUUUAAAGAUAUUUUAUCACACCAAAGAAUGUUUUAAUAUGUGGAUAUGUAAAUUAGGAUAGAUAUUAUAUUUUUUAGACUGGGAAUAGUGUUAUACUUAUGACAGACAUACAGCUGUACUUGCGUUGUACUUCGAAAAUUGUAUGUCUGUCACCAUGUACAGCGCUAGAACCAUGCAAGCAACUCGGUACAAUCGCUGUACCUGUACCGACCUAUUUUUCCGCUGUACAUGGCUACAGUUGUACACUGAGAGAAAUAAUUAGUAAAUAUAACGAAUUUUUUGGUAAAUACUACCAAUCUAUAGUACACAUAUGUCAAGCAGAACCAUGAUUCGGAAGCCCAAUAUCGGCUACAUUUUCUCGCCGAAAAUUCACGUAUCAGAAUUACGUCCUUAUUAUACCUCCGUAUUGCCUUAUGGGAACAAUGAAAAUGGUUAAUACGCGCCUUUCUCACCAAUUUUCAGAUAUGACAAUAUCCAAGCUUACUAAUGUUAUCGAGUAAAAUAUACUAAUCUCUGGUAGGGAUGCGGGUUUGUUGACAAUAUGUACAAAAAAUUUGUACAUUCUACUAAUUUUGCAUUACCAAAUGUAUUUAGUAGUUUUCGACCGAGGAUUUUUCUAAGGGUACUGUGCGCAGCGCCAUAGUGGUGGAUAGCAUGAACAAAACGAAUCAAAACAUUUGGUAUACAUUCUUUUUAUUGACUUUCUCUUGAGUUAAUAACUCAGAUUGAAACAUAUUUGUUGUGUUCGAUAGUUUAGACGCUAAAUAAAAACCUUUUUCAUUGAAAUAUUGGUGAAAAUACAAUGCAAUAAAUUCAAACUUCUGAUUGUCAGUCUGACAUGCGGUACAAUGUACAACCAAAGUAUGUGUGUCAUGCUAUCGUGGUACCUGUACAACGCUGUACACGUACAGCGCUAGUACAGUUGUAUGUCUGUCCAUGGUAUUAUUGGCGAUCUAACGUACAAAUCUACACCUAGGCGGCGCUGCGGUGUAAGUGAUGAUGGUUUCAAAUUUUGCCAUGUGAGCUUAUGGAAGGUUUGUAGUUCUUUCCAUAAAUUACAAUGUUAUAAUCAUAAUAGAUUAUUUGAUUGCGAUAAGUUUGUAAGAAAUUUAAUUCUGCGCAAUUUUAUAUAUAACAUGUUAUUUAUUUAUCUCUUUCAGUAGUGAAUACUAUAAAAAUGUUGACAAUGGUUGAAUUAAAGAAGGAAAUUCGAGAGCACAAUCAAACACAAGUAGAAAAAUGCACGAUUCCUGCAUGUGAGAACUACCUUGGAAAGCCCGGAAGUAAAAUAUACGUGAUUUGUUUUUUGAGUUUUAUGUUACAUUAGCAUCAUUUUCUUAGUUCAAAAACAAAAUCCAGCUGUCUCACCGAUCGUUUACGUUUUGCGUUAGAUCGCCAAUCUGCUGUUUGAUGCCGUUUGCGCCUAUUGGCGAUCUAACGUACAAAUCUACACCUAGGCGGCGCCGCGGUGAAAAUGAUGAUGGUUUUAAAUUUUGCCAUGUGAGCUUAUGGAAGGUUUGUAGUCCUUUCCAUAAAUUACAAUGUUAUAAUCAUAAAAGAUUAUUUGAUUGCGAUGAGUUUUUAAGAAAUUUAAUUCUGCGCAUUUUUAUAUGGACCUGUGGAAGUGUAUAUGGAUACACUUCACGGU